GACAACAUGGCGGCUACCGUACACAUCAAAACGGAACCAAGUUUUUAAUGUUAGAAGUGUUAUCACGGGAGCAGCAAGUUUCUGUCGGCAAUUAUUUGAAUAACGACAAAAUAAUUUAUUGAUUGAGAGUAUCCAACACGGCGCUGACAGUCGUAAUGAAAGACAACAAAGACACUGCCAGUUACUACACUACAAAACACUCAUGGAGAGGGAAGUACAAGCGAAUUUUCUCUGUUGGAGAUAAGGGUAUAACAACUUAUAACCCAAGCACCCUGGAAGUUACAAAUCAGUGGGCUUACACAGAUUUCUUUGGCAUCGCACCAAACACAAAGUCUCAGCAAGUCAACGAGUUUGUGAUUAACAUCCGCAAGGGCAAGAAGACAGAGUCCAUGAGAUUCUCAACAGAGUAUCGCCCAGAUGUCUUAACAGAAGCUUUGAAAUUCCGCAAGGAUUUUGCAGGAGGAAAUAAGUUUGAUGAACCGCGCUUCAACGCCUACAAACACCAUUGGUCGGAUAACCGCAAACAGGUCGUCUUAGAGGUGAAUGCAUGCGGAGUGGAUCAGAUUAGUCCUGCUGACAACAAAGUCUUAUGUUCUUACCACUACAGAGAUAUAGAGGGAUUCACGGAGGUGUCUGGCUACCCAGGUGGUUUUGCCAUCAUCCAUGGCGGUUUCAGCAGACUGCACAUCUUUGCCUGCGAUCGUAAGGAGGAACUGAUGAAGAAAGCAGUGGAGUUUGCUGGGACCUACAUCGGAGUGACUCUCAGGAAGAGGAAAGAGGCGAUCAGCUUUGAUCAGAGUAUCAUUAACAAGAUGGGAAAGUACAGCAAUGAUGAAAGCCUGACGUCUCUGGCUGAGUUCAACGUUCAGAAGUGGUCUACACGGUACGCUGACCCAGCAAGAAGAGUUCUCUGUCUGACGGAAACGUGCAUCGUAGAACGAGAUCCCGCAAGCUACAGUGUAGUCACUGUUAAACCGCUAUGCAAUGUGUUUGCAAUGGUGCGCUGUGAGGGUCAACCCCAGAUCUUCUACUUGGAGUCCAUAAAAGGCACAGUAACUAAAUACUCAUCUACUGACAGAGAUAAUCUUAUAGCGAGUGUAUUGGACGGAGUUCGUGCAAGUGGAAAUCGUGACGUCUGUGUAAAGAUGCUUCUGACGGACCGCGGGCAGAGACAAGAUCCUUUAUACGUCCCAGUAGAAGAAGAAGUGGAAUCCAACUGUUUACGCUUUCUGGCUCAACCUCCAAACAAUAACUUCCACCAAGCUGUAGUGCGAUUUAACAACAAUGUAUCAUACAGUGGGUUACUUCAUGCAGUCACACAUGAUAGCUUCUUUGCAGAGAAUAAAGAGAAGUUGAUCAGAGGAGCCAUCACAGCAAUCUUAGCUAGAGAGGAGGAUCCUGUGACGAUGCCCGUGGUUGAAAUUGAAGCAAUAUUCCAAGCACUGCGACGAUUGGUUGCUUCCAAGGCCGGCUUCAUGGCUUUCACAUCAUUGCCAAAGUUCCGUGAGCGAGUAGGUUUGAAAGUGAUCAAAGUGAUGAAGAGACAGGAUGACUUGGCCAUUCAUGCUGCCAUCGAUACGCUGUGUGCGUUAAUGCAGCCGAUGCACGAUGACUACGACCUGAGACAAGAACAACUCAACAAAUCAUCUCUCCUUUCCUCCAAGAAGUUCUUGGAAAGUCUUCUAGAACUCUUCAGCUUGCAUGUGAACCGAGGGACCGGUGCACUUGUGAUAACUUCGUUGCUAGAUUUCUUGACCUUUGCACUCUGCGCCCCGUACAGCGAGACAACAGACGGUACGCUGUUCGACUCACUGCUAGAACUGGUUGCCAGUCAGGGUCGGGUCCUGUUCAGGUUAUUCCAGCAUCCUUCCAUGACUGUAGUGAAAGGUGCAGGACUUGUCAUGAAAGCUAUCAUUGAGGAGGGAGAUAUGGAAAUCGCAGCCAAGAUGCAGGAGCUUGCUCUGGCUGAGGGCGCUCUACCAAGGCAUCUCCACGUUGCGAUGUUCACAUCAAGCACGGACACACGGAUGCUCACCAACAGGCAACUGAGUCGUCACCUUGUUGCAUUAUGGGUAACAGGCAAUCCGACUGCACUGGGACUCCUUAAACGCAUUCUGCCCGCUGGCCUUCUGUUUUACUUGGACUCCGAAGAGAAAGUUCCUGAGAAGGAGAGAGACUUAAUUCAUAUGAGAGACAAUCUCAAGAUGGCCCAGGAUCAAUCUGGCAAGUCUAAUCGCAGUCUCCAAUGGCACCAGAUCGAGACAACGUUACUUCAUUGGAAACAACGCAUCGGCAAAGCAGAGAAGAAACAAGAUCCUAUCCUGAAACCCAUCGUUUUGAGGAAAAGAAGACAGAGGAUAAAGAGUGAGGACAACUGGGAUCUAUUCUACUACAAGUUCAACAUCGAUUCUGCGCUUCCCAACCUCAUCUGGAAUUUUAAGACCAGAGAAGAGCUCCGUCAAGCCUUUGAGAACGAGAUGAGGGCAUUCGGGACGGAUCGUGAGCUGAGUAGCGGUCACAUGAUCUCCUGGAAUCACGUAGAGUUUGAGGUGAUGUACGAGUGUCUUUCAGAAGAGAUUAAGAUUGGCGACUACUACUUGAGACUACUCCUGGAGGCAGACGAGAGCAAUGAAGAGAUCAGCGCUAUUAAGAGAUCGUUUGAGUUCUUCAAUGACUUGUACCAUAGAUUCCUUCUGACCAAUAAGAUGAGUAUGAAGUGUAUGUGUCUACAUGCCUUGGCUAUUGUAUACAGCCGUUGUAAUGAAGAGAUCGGACACUUCAAUGAUACACGCUACAUUGUGCAGAUGCUGGAAAGGUGUACUGACAGGCAAGAGAGGGACAGACUUGUCUUAUUUAUCGACAAGCUCCUCUUUGUCAGACGGAACGUCAAAGAACUACUCGAUGCCAAUGGAAUAAGAGUACUAGUUGACCUCUUGACCUUAGCUCAUAUGCAUACAACAAGGGCUACGGUUCCAACACAGUCUAACGUGAUUGAAGCCUCACCGGACAUGGAGAGGAGUACAGAGAAGGAAUGGUACUACGGAAACGUAGAGAGGGAGAGGCUUGGACCGUUCAGUUUUCCAGAGAUGAAGGACCUUUGGAAGGAAGGUGCCAUCAAUGCCAAGACCCGAUGCUGGGCUCAGGGUCUGGAAGGAUGGAAACCUCUUCAUCAGAUCCCUCAGCUGAAGUGGGUUCUCUUGGCGUCAGGGACGGCAGUCUUGAAUGAAAGUGAUCUAGCGACACUAAUUCUUAAUAUGCUAGUCCGGAUCUGCCGGUACUACCCAAGCAAAGAUUCAGAUGGUGCCAUCAUCCGCCCGUUGCCUAAACCUAAGAGACUUCUUUCAGAACCAACCUGUUUGCCUCAUAUUGUUCAGCUCCUGUUGACCUUUGACCCCAUCCUGGUUGAGAAGGUCUCCGUCUUGGUGUAUGACAUCAUUCAGGACAAUCCAGGCCUUCAGAGACUGUACCUGACUGGUGUGUUCUUCUUCAUCAUGAUGUACACAGGAUCCAAUGUGCUACCUCUUGCAUGGUUCUUGAAGUAUUCCCACAUGAGGCAGGCUUUCCGGGCGGAUGAUAGUAAGCAGUCUGACAUCAUGCAUCGUAGCAUACUGGGUCACAUCCUACCCGAGGCCAUGGUACACUACCUGGAGAAUCACAGUGCCGAGAAGUUUGCUGAAACAUUCCUUGGAGAGUUUGACACACCGGAAGCAAUCUGGAGUGCUGAGAUGAGGCGUAUGAUGAUUGAGAAGCUUGCUGCUCAUAUAGGAGACUUCACUCCUCGUCUUCAGAGCAAUACUCGUUCCAUCUACCAGUACUGUCCCAUCCCCCUUAUCAACUUCCCGCAGCUGGAUGGGGAACUCUUCGUCAACAUCUACUACCUGAGACAUCUAUGCGAUAAAGACCGCUUUCCAGAUUGGCCAAUCAGGGAACCCGUCAAGUUACUCAAGGACAUUCUAGAGGAGUGGAAGAAAGAAGUUGAGAAGAAACCCCCGACGAUGUCGAUAGAAGAAGCUUACCAAGUCUUAAAGCUCAAGACGGCAGUCGGAGGCCACGAAGAAGCUAUUAUUCGCAAAGCGUACUUCCGUCUCGCUCAGAAGUACCAUCCAGAUAAGAAUCCUGAAGGAAGAGAAAUGUUUGAAAAAGUCAGCACUGCCUAUGAGUUUCUGUGUAGUAAAUCCUCAAAGCACACAGACGGUCCUAACCCAGACAACAUUGUACUCAUACUCAAAUCUCAGAGUAUACUGUUUGAGAGAUACAAAGAUGUAUUGGAGCCAUACAAGUACGCAGGUUACCCGAUGCUCAUCAAGACCAUACAGAUGGAGACCCAUGAUGAUGCGCUCUUCUCUAAGUCUGCUCCUCUCCUUGUAGCAGCUAGCGAGCUGGCCUUCCAUACAGUAAACUGCUCGGCUCUCAACGCUGAGGAGCUGUGUCGAGAAAAUGGCAUCGAGGUUCUUCAAGAAGCCUUUGUACGCUGUGUGACUGUGCUGAGUUUGGCCAGCAAACCUGAAGAUAUAGCCGUUCAAGUGUGCGUUAAUGUGAUCAAGUGUUAUGCAGUAGCAGCUCAGUUUGAGAUGUGUCGAGAUCGUAUCACAGAGAUCCCUACUAUCAUCAAGGACUUGUGUCGCACCCUCUACUUCAAGCAACUGACGCAGCUAUGCAUAGAAUCCUCUAAGUGUGUGAGUGCAUUUGCUGUUGAUAAGUAUCUUCAAGAUCAUCUCCAUCAAGCAGGAGUCAUCUGGCAUCUUCUACUCUACCUCUUCAAGUAUGACUUCACUCUGGAUGAGUCGGGCGUAGACGUGGAGUCAUCGACUAACCAACAGCAAUUGGCCAACAAUCUAGCGCGUCUUAGUCUGGUGGCCCUGACCAAGCUCGGUGGAUACGGGUCAGGGGAAGAAGAGACACCGGAGAAUCCUGCGAUCAGGAAAUCCAUGUCUGCUCUCCUGACUCCUUACCUAGCCAAACAACUCUCUCUGCAAACACUCAACCAGGUACCACUGUCGCUCAAUGAGGUGUUGAAGAUCUUGAACAGUAACACAGAGAAUCCGUACCUGAUUUGGGACAACUCAACGCGAGCGGAGCUGACAGAGUUUGUUGCCAGACAACAAGAUGAGAAAGUCAAAACAGGACAGUGCGACGCAACGUUUGGUGCAGACUUCCUGUUCUCCGCUCAUGAAAAAGAGCUGAUAAUCGGAGAAGUCUUUGUGCGGGUUUACAACGACCAACCAUCCUUCCCUCUAGAGGAUGCCAAGGGAUUUACUAUCAGCUUGCUAGACUUCCUAGGAUCCCAAGCACAGUAUCUGCAUUCAUUGAUGGCAAUCACAUCACAGGCAGUAGACACCAGUAAGAACAGCACCCAAGCCAAGAGGCUCAGUAACUGUGAAAUGGCACUGGAAUCUCUGGGCAACGUCAUCAAAAACAACCCAGGAACGGAGAUUCAGUGCAAUGGCCAUUACAAGUUGCUCUUCUCUUUGCUCAAACUCACUGGAGCUACUAAGCUACAGAUGCUGGCUCUCGAGGUCGUUAAAAAUGUUACAACCAAUAAGGAGUGUGUAGCCAACAUAGCAGACUCCAACGUCCUACCAUAUCUUCUGCUGACGCUACAUUCCUUGCCAUCAGGUUGCUUGACUGUUAUUGAAACGCUGAGUGCUUUAUCUUCCAACACAAAGAUUGUCAAAGAAGUCGUGGCAAAAGGUGGUCUUGUUUAUGUCUUGGACCUGUUCUGCAACUCGCCCAACCCCAACGUCAGGGAGAAGUCUGCAGAGCUCUUUGCCAAGAUACAGUCUGAUAAGCUGAUGGGACCUAGAGUCAGGAUCAUCCUGUGUAAGUUCCUUCCAGCCAUCUUCAUGGAUGCAAUGAGAGACAGCGCUGAGGCUAGCAUACACAUGUUUGAAGGUGUUCAUGAGAAUCCAGAAUUGAUUUGGAACGAUGAGGCGAGAGAGAAAGUCUCCCAGACCAUCAAGAGGUUGAAGGAUGAACAUUAUGCGAAUCAGAACUCAGACAUUGAUGCACUUUGGAAGAUUCCAGAAGAGUUUGUGGUAGCCUACGCAGAUUCUUCAGACGAGGUUAUCGUCGGGGGCGUAUUCCUGCGUCUCUUCAUCGCCCAACCUACGUGGGUCUUGCGCAAGCCCAGAGAAUUCAUGGUCGCACUGCUGGAGAAGUUUACUGAGCUCAUCAAGAGGAACAAUCCAAAUGGUGAUGAGUUGGAAACAGUCACGUCAGCCGUUGUGAAUCUCUUCAAAGCGCAGCCUAAUCUAGCAUCCCAACUCCCUCAACUGGGUCACAUACCGACCAUCAUCGGCGCCAUGAAGUCAAAGAACACCGCCAUACCACGGGCAACGAUUAUUACGGUCAACAGCAUUGUUGAUGACGAUAUCUGUGUGCGUAGCAUGGCUCAAGGAGAAUGCAUCGGACCCAUGAUAAAGGGAAUGAAGUCGAGACCUGAUAUGACUGCAGUGGCUUGUGACAGUCUUCAUAAAAUGUUCCAGAAGGACCAACCUGAGCUCGUUAAGCAGGCCUUGGACAACGACUUGGUUCAAUUUCUACUGAGUCUACUGUCGGACGGAUUGAAUACGCUAGAAAACCCUGCAGCUACCAAAGCUCAAAUUGUAAAAUCACUCAAAGCUAUGACGGUCUGCCUUGAAUAUGGUGAACAGGUGACAGCUCUAUUGGAGAAGUCUACAGUUUGGACGUCUUAUAAAGACCAGAAGCAUGACUUAUUUUUGUCCAACACAAACGUCAGCGGAUACCUUACUGGUCCAGGCGUGGCUGGUUACCUGACCCAAGGUACCGCUUCAACGGUUCCCAGUGCCCCGCCCCCCAUCGAUCCCAAUCAUGAGACCACAGAGGAUUCUUAACACCACUCCACAAAGUUUCAAGCUUUGCCAAAAUAGACGAGAAACCAGAAACAAAUCAAGGUGCUCGGUUUCAAACUUUUUAAAUUGGGGACUUUUGGGACGCUAGGUGGCAGCAGAUCUACCAGGUAAAUCCAUUGUCUUGUAAUGUGCGCAUGCUCAGAACUACGUAAACAAUGGAAGUUGGGUAACAUUUCAAGGACAGCAGAAUUUGUGGUAAACCAAUUUGAGAGCUAGUUAGCUCACUAUGUGCGGAGAACAAUUUCAAUCACCGUUUCAGAAAUUUCUUGCUGAGCUGAAAUACCUGGUGUGUCUUGAGAAAGACGGAGGAGCAGUUCACACAAAUUGAUGGGAUAUUUCAUCCCCAUGUAAUCUAAGUGUAUAAAAAUAUUUUAUACCAAACUACUAGAAAGAAACUGCAAAGAGAGGAGAUGAAAUUUACAGAUAUGUGUUGCUACCAAUCAGAGGCCAAUUUCAUAGCGCUACUUAACGGUAAGCGAUUUUUCAAGCUAAAUAUAGCAGACAAAUUUACUUGGGUGUAAGCGUAUUUCACAGGUUAGCAAGAAAAUUAGGCUGCCAGCUUGUGCGUUCACACGGUAUACAUUUUUAUAUCGUAAGCGCCGGAAGCUUAGUAAGCCCUUUUUCAUGCUUAUGGUUAACAGUGAUAUAAAACGGAAACCUGUGCUAUAGGCACAAAAUGAACAGUUAAGAAGCUCUAUAAAAUUGGACCUAGCUCAGAUUUUACAUACAUUUGAUAUAAAGUAUAUCAUUGGUUUUUUAUGCUUAAACAUUCAUCAAACUUUUUAUCUUGCAAACAAAAUUAAAACAAAAAAAACCUUGAUAUAUUGUAAGAGAUUGGAACUUAGGCCAAGAAAAAUUGAUGACAACUUAAUUUAAACCGAUAUGUGUUAAAAAAAACUCUGAAUAUUAAUCAAGCCUCAGAAACUGAUUAGGAAUUGUGUAUGAUAUGAACAAAGUGACAACUUUGAAACAAAAAAAUUAUGAAAUAAAAAAUGAGCACUUAAUGUAAAUACAUAAUUAUUUUUCUUAGAAGAUCACGCUAGGUUAAAAAUGAUUUCAGCAGCUGGAUGUGUCGAUCAUGACUUUGUGGUGGAUGAAAAAACUAUUUUGUUAAAAACAAAAAGGUUGAGCACGAUGAAUGGGAAGUUUAAAUUUUAGCCACAAGUUUAUUGUUAAAAAUGGCCACAGGACGCUUUCAGCGCCAUUUUACUAACAAACCACUUUGCCUUACUGACGUUUCUUAUUAUAAUUAUCUAAAGAAAGUAAUUCUCUGGAGUACAAUGUAGGGGGAAAUAAGGAGUUUUAUGCAAAUGCAAUCAACAGAGAGGUACAAGGAGUAGUUCUUGAGUUUUCAAUUUGAGCUGAGGGAUAAAUCACAGUAUCAAAUUGUUGGGAAUUUAUUUGCAAAUGCUUCCAGACUUUAGGGGAAAAGAAAGUUGUGGAAAUGCUCUCAUAGCAAUAUGAGAAAAGUUAAAUAAUGACAGGAGCAGAAAUGAUGUUCUCAAAGUUCAAAUGAUGAAAUAAGUGGCAUAUUGUGGGACUAGAAUUUCAUCUUUGAGAGGGCUAAGCCAUUUUUAUUUUGCAACGAGCAACUUCCAUUGGAAAAUGUUUAGUUUAUGGGAGUUUUUUGAAGGGGCACUAACAGGCCUGGGCACUAAGGUCUAGACCCGAGUAGAGCUCUUUAAUGCGAAAAAUUGCGAUUAGCAGCCAUUUUGUGUCACAAAAAAUGCAUGGGCGUACACAGGGUGCCAGACUAGUCUGCCCAUUAAUGACUCUGACUACAGCUAGAUCCUAACCUGAACAUAUGUUGAAGCUUAGGAGGCCCAUAGUAACACCCUUAGCUACAGCCGCAGCCACAGCCGACAAGUCGGACACGCCAAUUUGAGUUUAGGAAAUAUUAAUUUGCACCAGUCAGUGGUUGUUGUUAGGUUAGAAGCAGUAAAGAGAGUCAGUGGUGGUCGAUUUCUUUGUUUGAUUGGGUUUUUGUUUUUCAUUCCAUCAAAAUUGUUCAUGGUCUUUCAUGUUGGGACUACUCUGUACUUGCAAUUCGAUUGAUACCCAAUUUCGUUUGUUACAUAUGCAAUGUUAAGAAUCCCACUACAUGUAAAUUGUAUAUUAUGCUUAUUUUGAAUUUAAUCAUUUAAAAUUAUUUUGCAAAAAAAACAUUACAGAGAAUGCGUGACAGAUUCUUGUUGCCUAGAUUAUGAGUGCAUUGUAGCACAGCUUUGCCCAAGAAUCUACUCCCCGAACAAAUCACCCUUCUCUCUCAUUUUCAAAAUUUCACGACGAUCAUAAAAAAAUGCCCUUUUUGUACAUGUUAAUGUGUGUACACACUGCGAUCACCUGAAUACACCUGUAGAAUUGCAACCACCUUGUUCAUGGUUUCGGCCAGACCAGGCAUCCAUAUUCUCUAGCAUAUGGUCCCAUUAUUAAAGGUAUUACGGUAAAUAGGAUUAGUAGAGCUGACAAAAUAGUCGCAGACGGUGUUCAUGUUUUGUGUAAUUAACCACACAUGAAUAAACAAACCUGUGAACAUUUUAGCUGAAUCUGUGUUUAAGUCAAAAGAAAAUAUCACUAUAAACCACAAGGGAUAUUGACUGGGUAAAUUUUGAAAUGAUUUUUGGGGUCGAACAAAAAAUUGACUAG